AAAGACGAAUAGAAACUGUAAUCAACGGUUGCUUCCUUCACUCUCUAUCUCUCGCCGGUUAUAACAAAGCAAGCCGGAUUUGAGUUGAGAAUUCAGAGGGAGUCAUUGAAAUCUGAAAAAAGUAUCCUCACAUGUUCGUGAAGAAGCUCGUGGAGAAGGCUUCGAUCAAGAAGCCUGGAGGUAAUGCAGAUGGUCUCAAGUCUAGUGAGGUGGAGCCACGAGUGGCAUUCCAUUAUGGGAUCCCAUCGGGCUCAACCAUGUUUGCUUAUGACUCCAUUCAAAACAUACUUGCUAUCUCCACACUGGAUGGCAGAAUUAAAUUGUUUGGAAGAGAUAACACUCAAGCUCUGCUUCACUCUCAGGAGGCACUGCCAAGCAAGUUUUUGCAGUUCAUUCCAAACCAAGGCGUUCUUUUAAAUGUGACCAUCAAAAAUCACAUAGAGGUUUGGGACAUAGAUAAGAAGGUGUUAACUCAUGUGCAUGUCUGUAAAGAAGAUAUUAUCUCUUUCAUGGUUAUGCAAAAUAGUCUUUACAUGUAUGCUGGGGAUUCUGGAGGUAAGAUCUCAGUUCUGAAGCUUGAGCAACAACCAUGGAAUUUACAACCAAUGAAGUAUUCUAUACCUUUUUCUGCAUCCCGUGGAAACUCUAGUGAAGUUUCUGCUGAGACUGCUGUAGUGCGCAUUCUGCCUCAACCUACCGCUGAGAGUAAAAGGGUACUUAUAAUUUUCAGAGAUGGCAUAAUUAGCUUGUGGGAAAUUCGAGAAAACAGAUCUAUUUAUACAGCUGGUGGCAAUUUGUUGCGAUCACUGCAUCAGGAAACAAGGAAAGUAACUUCUGCAUGCUGGGCAUGCCCUUUUGGAAGUAAAGUUGCAGUCGGUUACAGCAAUGGAGAGCUUUUUAUAUGGAGCAUUCCUACUAACUCGAAUCGUACAGCUGAAUCAGAAUCAGAUAGCGUUCAAAGUUCUCCCAUAUUUAAACUCAAUUUGGGAUACAAAGUUGAAAAGAUUCCUAUAUCAUCGUUAAAGUGGGCUUAUGCAGAAGGGAAUGCAAGUCGACUAUAUGUUAUGGGUACUUCUGAUUUUGCAUCUACAAACUCGCUAUCUACAAACUCGCUGCAGAUCGUUUUGCUGAAUGAGCAGAUAGAAACUCGCACAAUUAAGGUGGGGCUUCAUUUGCCUGAGCCUUGUAUUGACAUGGCCAUUAUUUCAAGCUCGAGUGAACAAAGCAAGCAUCAACAAGAUUCUCUCCUUGCGCUUGGAAAGUCAGGAAAAAUUUAUGUUUAUGAUGAUUGUAUGAUUGAAAAGUAUCUUUUACAAAGUCAAUCCAGGUCCCCGCCUUCUCUACCAAAAGAUGUUGAGCUGAAGAUGCCAUUUACUGAUUCAAGCAUCACUGUGGCGAAAUUCAUAACAGACAACCCACACAUGUUGAGUUUUGGAGAUGAGGAUUACCUUUCAAUGAUCAAGAGAAUUCCACCACUUCUGCCUUUGGAGACAAAGCAAAAGGAUGAAGCUUAUUUGAAAUCAGUCCAAUUUAGUGGAUUCCCAAGGGUCAAAAACUUGUAUAUAACUGGACACAAUGAUGGAGCGAUAAACUUUUGGGAUGCAUCGUAUCCUUUUUUCUACCCUAUUCUAUCACUAAAGCAACAGAGUGAAGAUGAUUUAUCUUUAAGUGGUAUAGCAGUGACAGCAUUGUAUUUUGAUGGAAAUUCUCUGCUCGUAUCUGGAGAUCAGGAUGGAAUGGUUCGUAUCUUCAGGUUCAAGCCUGAACCAUACGCCACUGAGAACAACUUCAUUUCUUUUCAAGGAAUUAUGAAGAAGGGAAACAACCAUAUCAUCCAGAGUCUUAAACUUGUGAAGGUGAAUGGUUCUGUAGUCUCUAUGAACAUAAGCCACGGCUCACGAAAUCUUGCUGUUGGGUCGGAUCAAGGAUAUGUUUCAGUAUUUGAUGUGAAAGGCUCCACCUUAUUGUAUCAUAGGCACAUUGCAAGUGAAAUUAGUACCGGAAUCAUUUCUCUGCAGUUUGGAACCUGCAAUUUCCACGGAUUUGAGAAGAAUAUCCUAUUGGUUGCAACAAAAGAAUCAUCUGCUUUGGCUCUCGAUAGUGACAAUGGAAAUCCCCUGAGUGCUAGCACGGUGCAUCCUAAAAACCCUUCAAGAGCCAUUUUCAUGCAGAUUUUGGAUGGGAACGAUACAAUUUCUAGAGGAUCGAACACCUCAACUGGUAGAGAUUUGAGGAAAGGGAACCCUGUCGAGGAUGCCAUGCAAAGGGACUCUAGUCUAUUGCUAUGUUCUGAGAAAGCUGUGUAUGUCUAUUCCUUAAAUCAUGCCAUUCAGGGAGUCAAAAAGGUGCACUACAAAAAGAAAUUUCAUUCCUCAUACUGUUGCUGGGCAUCAACGUUCUAUAGCACCUCCAGUGCUGGUCUCAUACUCCUCUUUCCUACUGGAAAAAUUGAAAUAAGGUGCUUGCCAGAGUUAUCGUUGAUAAAGGAAACUUCAAUUAGAGGUUCCACAUAUACUACUCCAGAAGCAAACUCUUUCUCUGAAAGUUCAAUUUGCUCGUCAUGGGAUGGAGAACUCAUUAUGGUAAAUCGUGAUCAGGAAAUCCUAGUUGUCUCCGUUUUGCACCAACGGAAUUCUUCUUUUCGGCUCUUGGACUCCGCGAGCAAAGUUUUCAGGAAAGAUCUGGUUCUUCCACAAGAAGGACUUACCCCUGCACCCGUGGUCCAAAAGAAAAAGGGUUUAUUUAGCUCCAUUAUGAAAGGAAGCAGAGCGAAGCAUGUGCCUGGCGUGGAGAUUGAAGAUACAAGAGAAAAUAUUGAAGAACUUGCAGUGAUUUUUUCAACAGCCAACUUUUCAAAUGAUGCUGAUAACGAUGAAAAUACAACCGUAGAUUACGAUGAGAGUGAAUUGAAUUUAGAUGACAUUGACCUUGAUGAUUUUGGGGACAAACCAAAAGAUCAGAAAAUGUUGGCCGCUCUUAACAAAAAGAACUUGGCAAGCAAAUUCCAGGUUUUGAAAGUUUUCAAACAGACGAAGAAAGGUUCCGCCACAGUAGAGCAGCCAGACGAAAAGGGCAGUGCAGUUGAUCAGAUCAAGAAAAAAUAUGGAUUUCCUUCAUCAAGUGAGUCUGGUGUUCUUAAGAUGGCAGAAAACAAACUGCAUGAGAAUUUGAGGAAGUUGCAGGGUAUCAGCUUAAAAAGUUCAGAGAUGCAAGACACUGCCAAGUCAUUCUCUUCCAUGGCAAAAGAAGUGUUGCGAACUGCAGAGCACGACAAAAGAAGCAUAUAAUUAUUGGUUAACACUUGGACUGAGAUAUGGAGUUACUUUUAUUUCUUCCUGUAUAGAUAAUUCAUCGCCAUGUAGAUGGCUUUGGAAACAUAAUUUCGUACUUGUGGAAGUACUAUUUAUUCUCUCUCUAUCCUAAUGUACACAUAUUACAAAUGUCUGCCAAAUGAAAAUGAAUUUGUGAGUUUGCUCAGUGUU